AUGGACGACUGGGUCAAGUCCUCUGUGGGUGGUGAAAAGACUGACCAGUCAUUCAGCGGCAAGCCCCUCAACCCCAGCUGGGUGUACCAACCUCUGCCCCUGUCGCAGGUAUCUCCCGAUUGCAGUUCGCUACCUGGUCCUCCUGGUCAUUUACGAUCCCUUCAAUCAUGUUGUCUAUCUAGUAUCUCUUCAAACGUCCAUCUGUUCAGCCCAGAAUCAUUCAGUACCUUGCCUACAACGCUCAAACGGAAGAUCUUGCAUCGAGUAAUAUCUGAUAGAGGUUACGACUUCAGGCCUACGCCGAGGGAUACAGAUACAGAGACUGACGAGAGUAUAGUGGAAGACGAUGGACCAAGUCAUGAUGCGAGACCAGACGCCGCUACCUUGUGGUCUUACUCCGUCACUGUGGACCCAGAACUUCAUCUCCCUAAUGCGCAAAUUCACAACCUUUCAACAGACCAUAUCCUAUCAACUCGGAUCGACAACCUCCUAGCCGAUAUCUCGCGUGCAGGGCACACUCAAAGUCAUCAGCAUCCUCUGAUUGAAGUUCCAAAGAUGUUCCGAUUCCUCUCCCGGGGCCAUUUUUCGCUCCUCACCACGCUGCACAUCGAUGGCGUUCAAGCCAAAAUGGAUGACUCGACCCUUCAGCAUCUUCGUUGGUGUCCUCAUUUAACGUUACUUUGGACCAAGAACUGCGAUAUCUCAGAUUACGGCCUGAGGCUUCUCGCUAGCUCGCUCGAGCUGUCUAAAGAGACUGAUCGUGGUCCUAGACGACUUCGCGGGUGGUUCAUGCAGGGAUGUCGAAAGGUUUCCGACGCUGCGCUCAAGACAUUGGCAAGGUGGCCCGGGCUGGUCGUAUUGGACGUCCGAGAUACAUCCUGUACCUCUGCGUCUCGUCAAAUUGUCAACACACAAUACCGUCGAUUCUUCCCUCAACACGCUCGCGAUUUUCAACCUUGUACACCUGGACUCAAAGCCAUCUUCUCAUCACGCUCCGAUCCGGCUCAGAUCCUUGACGCUCUUUGCUCGACACUGGUCAAGCCGUCUGUCACGGAUCCCUCGAGCUGCUCCCGCUGGUGGCUCGGUCUCCACGUCGUCUCAUCCUCUCAACCUCUUAGACCCGAAUGGUUACCGGAUCCACGCGUGGAUGAACACGUCCCGACGGCGAGCUCUUCUCAAUCACGUACUUACAGAGGGGACGGUAUCGGUCAAAUAUAUGGUAAACAUGUCUACCACGUCGAAGACAAGGCUCAGACUUAUCGAGCCAAUCUUCAAACGGCCAUGCGGCUCCAAUACGAGGACGAGGGUCUCAGUAAGCGUGAGAAACCGUGGUGGGAAGUUUUAGCCGGUGCGAAGCGGAAAAGCAAAUGGGAGCAAUGGGACGAUAAGAAGAAGCCUCAGAAACUUUUGAAAGGCUUCAAAAUGCCCAAAGGUGGCAGAGCAUGGGACGAAGCGAGUCGUGUAGCCAUUGCCAGAGGUCAGAUACCAGGUGGUUUGGCCGCCAACUCGGAUGACAAGAGCCGAGCGUUCGUCACGGGCAACGGUAGCGCCACUUGGAAGCGAGAUCAUGAUCCUGAACUCAUUGAGGGAGACGAAGCAUUGAUGCUUGUCAGGAUGGUCGAUGACUCUUGGGAGAGUCUAGAAUGGACAAAGGCGAGGGUGAGCAGUGUCGCCGGACCCUCAACGCCCGCAUUGAGAACGAAGCGGAUGGAAGCGGACUCAUCGAUAGUGUACACUGGAUCGCAGGUCUCGUCUGGACCUCCUUCGGCUCAACCUCUUCGAACGGGUUUCUUUGCUCCGUCUCAGAGUCAAUCACCGCGGAUCUCUUGCUCGCAAAUGCCUACGCAGUAUUCAUCUGCCGGUGCCGUCAACCCUUUCCGCAAGGCACCAAAGGACCACCCCGGUAUUCGGCCGAUGACUGAAGCCCGCAAGUUCACCGACUACACCGUCCAACUCAUGUCCAGCUCUGACCUCUCAAGCGAUCCGAUCGGUCCACUCUCCUCAUCUCCACCCAAUAUCAAGUUGGAUCCUGACGACCUGUCAUUCGGCAACGCCCCUGUCAAACGUUGUUUUGGAGGCGCCAACAGCCUAGACGAACCUAAAAAACGUCGAGGAAUGAAGAUGUUUAGCGGACGAGUUGUUUGA